AUGUCUGUCAGCAACCAUGAAAAUAGAAAGUCCCGCUCCAGUUCAGGCUCCAUGAAUAUCCAGCUCUUUCAUAAGACUUCACAUGCAGACAGCUUGUUGACACAACUCAACCUGCUACGCAAACGAAAAGUCUUCACAGAUGUCGUCCUCAAGGCUGGAAACAGAUCCUUCCCCUGCCAUCGGGCGGUGCUGGCCUCCUGUAGCCGAUACUUUGAGGCCAUGUUCAGCGGUGGUCUCCGGGAGAGUCGAGACGCUGACGUAAACUUCCACGAUUCCCUCCAUCCAGAGGUGUUGGAGCUGCUGCUCGAUUAUGCUUACUCAGCUCGAAUAAUCAUCAAUGAGGAGAACGCAGAGUCGCUGCUCGAAGCUGGGGAUAUGCUUCAGUUUCAUGACAUCAGAGACGCAGCCGCAGAGUUUCUAGAAAAAAACCUCCACCAGUCGAACUGUCUAGGAAUGAUGCUGCUGUCAGAUGCGCACCAGUGCCAGAGACUCUAUGAGCUAUCGUGGAGGAUGUGCCUGGCAAACUUCGCAACUCUCUUCAAGACGGAGGACUUCCUCAGCCUGCCCAGAGACAAAGUCCAGGAGCUUAUCCUGAGUGAAGAGCUGGAGGUGGAAGAUGAGAGCCUGGUGUACGAGGCCGUUAUCGACUGGGUGAAGGCGGACAUGGAGCGCAGGCACAGCGAGCUGCCCGAGCUGCUGCGCUGUGUUCGCCUGGCGCUGCUCCCUGAAACGUAUCUGCUGAACAACGUCGCUUCAGAGGAGUUAGUGAUGUGCCACAAGGUGGGUCGGGAGAUUGUCGAAGAUGCCGUGCGGUGCAAAAUGAGGAUCCUUCAGAACGAUGGGAUUGUUACAGGGUUCUGUGCCCGGCCGAGGAAGGUGAGCCAGGCUUUGCUUCUGCUGGGAGGACAGACGUUCAUGUGUGAUAAAGUCUACAUGAUAGACAAUAAGACCAAGGAGAUCACCCCCAAGACAGAUAUCCCCAGCCCCAGGAAAGAAUGCAGCGCCUGUGCUAUUGGUUGCAAGGUAAGCAUUAACCUAGAACUAAAAUUUCACAAGUUCCCUGUUAUCCUUUAAGGACAGACUUUAAACAUGACUUGUCUUUUGUGGUGCCAGGUUUACGUCACUGGAGGACGCGGCUCUGAAAACGGGGCCUCUAAAGACGUCUGGGUCUACGACACGUUGCACGAUGAGUGGUCCAAAGCUGCACCAAUGUUGGUCGCCAGAUUUGGGCACGGAUCUGCGGAGCUUGAUCACAUGCUGUUUGUCGUAGGAGGACACACUUCACUCACGGGAUCCUUCCCAGCAUCUCCAUCUGUGUCUCUCAAACAGGUGGAGCAGUACGACCCUCAGACAAACAAAUGGACUCUGGUGGCUCCGCUCAGAGAGGGCGUGAGUAACGCCGCCGUCGUCGGUGCCAAAAACAAACUCUUUGCUUUCGGGGGCACUAGCGUAAACAGAGACAAAUAUCCCAAGGUGCAAUGCUUUGACCCUUGCCAGAACCGGUGGUCUGUGCCAGCUGCCUGCCCUCAGUUGUGGCGUUACACCGCGGCAGCAGUGGUCGGCAACCACGUUGUGGUGAUUGGAGGCGACACUGAAUUCUCCGCCAGCUCUGCCUACCGGUUCAACAGCGAGACGUACCAGUGGUCAAAGUUCGGUGAUGUGACAGCCAAACGGAUCAGCUGCCAUGCGGUGGCAUCAGGAAACAGACUAUACGUGGUCGGGGGGUACUUUGGGGCUCAGAGGUGUAAAACAUUAGACUGUUACGAUCCAUCAUCAGACUCCUGGGACAGCGUGACCAGUGUACCCUACUCCCUCAUUCCCACCGCCUUCGUCAGCACGUGGAAGUACCUCUCGGCGUAG